AUGUUUAUGAGUAUGGUUCUUAGUAGUUUACUAGAAGAGCAACAAUUAUUAGAGAGAAGAAGUAGGCAAAGACUGGAACCAAAUGAAAUAAUUCAAGAUGAAUUCGAAAUUAUUCAUGCUGAAGUGAUGAGAUAUUACCCGGAUGCUCUCAAGGCUGGAAAGUUACUUAAAAAAUCACACUUCCUCAAACGUAAUAAUGAACGUUACUUUGUAUUCCAUGACGGAACAUUAAUGUGCUUUAAAGAUACAAUAAGUCUUAAAAGAAUUAAAGUAGAAAAGACAUUCAAAGUUAUAAAGGUUGAUAAAUAUAGAUUCGAAAUUCAAACUCCGUCAAGAACCUACAAGUUACAAGCUUCAUGUGAAGAAGAUCAAGCUGAUUGGAUCAUG